UCUCACUCGAAGUCAGCAGCACUCCACCCGCACUAUACACAGUGCAGGUAGAGCACGGCUUUCCCCUCCUGAGUCGCCCGACAGUUUGCCAGAAUCUCUUUGAGGCCGUCUAAAAGUCUUCUUCCAUGGCAUCUCUGAACUCCUCCCACACUUUUAGAGAGUCUGUAGAAUUCAUUUUAAGAGGAACGUAGAUUUGAGAAUCAUCGGCAUAACAGUGAAAUGAGAUUCCAUGUUUCCUGAAAAUAGAGCCUAAUGGGAGCAUGUAAAGGGAAAAGGGUACUGGGCCCAGGAUAGAUCCUUGAGGGACCCCACAUGUAAGGGGGGGUGGAUGUGGAUGAAGAGCCACCAAACCUGACAGUAAAACUUCUAUCAGUCAAAGAGGAUCUGAACCAUUCAAGUACAGUUCCAUUAAUGCCCACACAGCUCUCCAGUCUUGAUAAGAGAAUCCCAUGCUGCACUCAGAUCUAAAAGCACUAAAAUGGCAGAGUUACCAGAGUCAGCAAUUAAUAAAAGAUCAUUGAAAACAAUAAAAAGCACAGUUUCAGUGAUAUGUAGCGCUUUGAAACCAGAAUAAAAUGUUUCUGAGAUGGCAUUAAUUUGACAAAAGCCUGAAGCUGAAGGAAGACAAUUUUUCCCAGGAUUUUGGAAAGGAAGGGGAGUUUAGAGAUUGGCCUAAGAUUUGUUUGUUCAGUUACACUAAACAAUGUUACAGGCAGCAUAGCAUUCUCCACGGCUACUCCAGACGUUUUUAUAUCUGUCACAGAUGUGCACCCUGUGCUCAGGGUUAAUCUGUAUAAUGUGUGAUAAUCACAGGGUGCCAGUCGUGGACCUGCCAAUUCUGGUAUUCUAUGGCAGUGAGCGUAAGGUCCACUAGUUCAUAAAAAUUACAAACAGAAUCGGUGACAAAGGGCAGCCCUGGUGGAGCUCAUCACUCAGUAUUCCUUCCACUGCCCGACAAUUUUCUCAGUCAAGUCAGCAGCACUCCACCGGCACUAUACACAGUGCAGCUAGAGGACCCCUUUCCCCUCCUGAGUCGCCUGACAGUUUGCCAGAAUCUCUUCAAGGCAGUCCAAAAAUCUUCUUCAAUGGCCUCUCCGAACUCCUCCCACACCCAAGUUUUUCCUUCAGUCGCAUUCCACUUGGCCUGUCGAUACCUAUCAGCUAUCUCCGAAGUCCGACAGGCUAACCAAGCUGGAUAGGAAUCUUUCUUCAGUCUGGUGGCUGGUGGUUACCACCCCGACAGGCACCAACCACCUUGCGGCCACAGCUCAGUGCAGAGGCUUUGGUAAUGGAGGUGCUCAACAUGGUCUGGACCGGGGCCUCUGCCAGGCAUUCCUAGCGCACCCUCACUAUAUGUUUAGGCACACCAGGUCUAUCCAGUGUCCUCCCCCACCACCUGAUCUAACUCACCACCUGGUGGUGAUCAGUUGACAGCUCAACCCCUCUCUUUACCCAAGUGUCCAGAUGUCUGGUGAUACGAUUAUAAAACCAAUCAUUGACUCGCAGACUAGGGUGUCCAAGCAUCACGUGCAUGUAUGGACACUUUUAUGUUCGAACAUGGUGUUCGUUAUGGCCAAACUGUGGUUUGCACAGAAGUCCAACAACGAAACACUGCUCGGGUUCAGAUCCCGGAGGCUGUUCCACCCAACCACACCCCUCCAGGUCUCACUAUCAUUGCCCACAUGAGCGUUAAAGUCUCCCAGUAGGACAACAGAGACCCCAGGCGGAGCACCCUCCAGCAUCCCACCCAGGGACUCCAAGAAGGCUGGGUACUAUAAACCCCCACUGAGCCCGCAGACAACAGCACAGGCCCUUGCCAGGCACAGGCUGGCCUGGCUCCAGGGUUUGGCCCCAGUAACCCUAUGCUGGGCGGGGUGAACUGUUCCCUUGGUGUUCUACUCAUAGGGUCCUUCUGAAUCGCUUUUGUCUGGUCCCUCACCCAGGACAAAUUUUCCAUGGGAAACCCUACCAACGGGCAGAAGCCCCCGGACAACACACAGACAAACCCCUCCACCACGAUAAGGUAGCAAUUCGCGGAGGAGAGAAAUAGGAACAAAUAGGGUCUUUUUUUGUGACAGGGUAUGUGUAAGAAAGUACUUAAAUAUAGAAUUUAAAUUUGUUGUUUUGCUAAGUUAUGUGUUAUGUGUAGACAAAAUAAUGAUUCAUUCCUUGAGUUUGGUGUCUUUUCUAUGGUUGAAUGAUUCAUAGGUCAGUGUUGAGUGACUUAACAAACAAAAGCAAACAUUCCUCUGAAAAUUGUAAGCUACAAGGACUGGACUGAAAGAGCUCUUUAAAAAAAGAAAGUGGCUCCUCAGAGGCAAAAUAUAAAGAAAUCAGGAGUGACUCAAAGAGAUUACACAGUACUGUAAAACUCUUAUCUGUUAAUCCCUUAAUGACAUUUUCUUGAUUAAAGUCUAACUCAUAAAUUUAAGUGGUUUGGAUGCUGUCAGCUCGGUGCACGUUCCAUCUGGAAAGUUUGUUUGUGAAAAUAUUUUCAUGAAUUUGGUUUAGUCAUUAGUCAAGGGUAAAAGGCAACAGGCUAUAAACUCAGCUAAACUUUAAUGGACCUCUGGGGGUUUCAACAUGUGUCUUAUUACUCCUGACUACUCAACAUGUAAUCACAUAACAGUCCUUAUCAUGUUUUUUAAUCUAGUGAUGAUUUUAAAUGAUGCAGGGUGGCAUUCUAGCAAAUAAAUAUUGUGUUUAAAAUAUUUCACAACAGGAUCAAACAAAAAAUAAACCCUUAAAAAUCAGGACCCGAAACAAGUACAGAAACAGUAUCUUAUUGCCCACUAGAAGCAACUUAUUAAGUCUGUUUAUCAUUAAUAACACACAAUGGAGUACACACCACAGAUACAUAUAAAUGUUUUGUGAAUCGGUGUACUUCCAUUAUGUGUGAAAAAUGAUUUCAGUGUUAAACACAUUUAUAGUUCCAACGAAACUACUAACAUUGUCCCUUUCCAGCACCACGCUUGCAAUAAAUGAAAAGCCUUGUCACAUUAACAUCUGACCUUUGUCUUAGUGGAGAGAUAACCAACAGUUACUAAUGAGCUUUUGUAUCUUGCUCAAGAAAACUGAUAUGGAAAUGUAAAAUGAAGCUUCCAAUAGUUGGAGGACUUCCCCAAACUAGUUUCCAGCCUCUCAGUCUUGGUCAAUCAUUACCCUCUCUAACAUAUCACAGCCAAAUAACUGCAGGGUCACAGCAGGAUCCUGCAGAAGAGACGAAAACGAUGGGAGACAGGAGGAUGCUGACGAAGCUGAGCGAAGCAUUGUGGAACUAUUACACCCUUCUCCUGAUCAUCCUCACGCCGCUGCUGCUGCUCCCUCUUCCUCUGGUCAUCGGAACAAAGGAGGCAGAAUGUGGCUUUGUGUUGUUGCUGAUGGCGAUAUACUGGAUAACAGAGGUGAUUCCACUGUCCAUGACCGCCAUGCUCCCCGCCAUCCUCUUCCCCCUGUGUGGCAUCAUGUCGUCCUCCAAUGUGGCAAAGGAGUAUUUUAAUAACUUCCACUUCCUGCUUGUGGGUGUUAUCUGCCUCGCCACGUCCAUCGAGAAGUGGGGCCUCCACCGCAGAGUCGCCCUGAGGCUCGUCACCUUGGUGGGGGUCAACCCUGCUUGGUUGAUGCUUGGAUUCAUGUCCGGCUGUGCCUUCCUCUCAAUGUGGGUCCAAAACACAUCAGCGGUUACCAUGGUGAUGCCCAUCGUAGAUGCUGUUCUCAAACAGAUUCUAAAGGCGAAUGAAGAGGGAUACUCUGGUGAAGACAACCCUACCCUGGAGCUGGACGAAAUCAACAACUGUACUGCAAAAAAUAAAGAAACUCUGAGUGACAGCACACAGCCAGAUGUCCCCACAGAAACCUUCACUUCUGUUCAAAUACCAGCAGAGUCACAGCCUGCAGCAGACGAGGCUGCAGAGAACGUACCCACGGCCUCCCACAGGGACACAGGAUGUCGACAGGGCCAGAUGCUAUGCAAAGCCAUGUGCAUCGGCAUCGCCUACUCCUCCAACAUUGGCGGCAUCACCACGCUGCCCGGAACCUCUCCUAACCUCAUAUUCGCUGAGCACCUCAACCGGGUUUACCCAGACUGCAACAGCAUCAAUUUUGGGAACUGGCUCCUGUUGUGCCUGCCCAUCAGUGUUAUCAUGCUGCUGCUGACAUGGUUGUGGCUGUAUUGGAUCUUCAUUGGCUCAGACUUCAAGUUCCUGUGGCAGUGUCGGGGAGAGCAGUCUGAGAGAGAGAGGGCAGUGAAAAAGGUGCUGGAAGACGAGUACAAGAAGCUGGGAGCCAUUAGUUCUCAGGAGAUCUUCACUGGGGUGGUUUUUGUGGUGAUGGUUUUGUUGUGGUUGACCAGAUCUCCAGGUUUUAUACCCGGCUGGGCUUCCCUCUUCCCUCAUAAAUCGUACUACAUCACAGAUGCCACUGUGGCUCUGGUGCUGGGUGUCCUCCUCUUCAUCGUACCUGCUAACGGACCGUCCAAAAAAUACGAGUCCAUGAUUUCCUGGAAAGAGUUUCAGGCCUCCAUGCCGUGGCAAGUUGCCCUGAUGGUUAGUGGAGGCUUUGCCCUGGCUAAAGGUGCAGAGGAGUCAGGUCUCUCUUUAUGGCUGGCCAGGCUGAUGACACCUCUGGGUGACCUCCCGGUCUUAGCCACAGUCACAGUGGCCUGCCUCCUUACCACCACACUGACAGAAGUGGCCAGCAACGCUGCCACCAUCACCAUCUUCCUCCCCAUUCUCUCUCCUCUGGCUGAGGCCAUACAUGUCAACCCUUUGUACAUCCUGAUCCCCGCCACCCUGUGCACAUCCUUCUCCUUCCUCCUGCCAGUGUCCAACCCACCAGGUGCUGUGGUGUAUGGCUAUGGACACUUUACCACCCUAGAUAUGGUUAAGGCGGGGCUUGGCGUCAACACGAUUGGAGUCCUCGCCGUCCUGCUGGCCAUAGCAACUUGGGGAAUUCCUUUGUUCUCGCUGGAUACGUACCCCAACUGGGCACCGACCUUCAACUCCACAACGCCUUGAUGAGUGGACUUGGGGCUUAGUUUUCAGUGGUCAGACUCUGAAUCCUGAAAGAGACUCAAAAAAGGCUCCCGAGUUUGACUCUUAAGAAAUAGAUUAAUGUGCUUUAACUAACCCAAAGUUGAAAGAGUGUAUUCAUUGCUCUUUAGUGGUGUUACUGCUUCCUCUCCACCAACAGGUAAACAUUUAGGAGCCCCUGUUUCGGUGCUGCAGUCGCCGUAAACCUGGUUGCCAACAAAAAACAUUUAAAGAAGUCAUUUUGUCAGCAAAUCUCAUGUGCAGACCCAUGUGCUCUAUCAUAACUCCACUGUUUUUCAAAAGUCAGGAUGAGACAUCCUCCUAAAAAUCCCCCCCAAAUACUCCCACACACUGCAGCUUAGCAGAGAAGAGAAUGAGCUCUUUGCUGCCGUCUAGAGUAAUUUUGCAUUCAACGAUGGACGCGUAGCCCAGCCCUGAAAACCUUUGGAUUUGCACUUCUUCAUUGCACCUUUUUAAAGUUAUUUACUGUACUUUAUAGGUAAAUUAAUAUAAAACAAAUUUGCCAACUGAAGGUUGAUGUCACAGAAUGUUACUGGAAUAAACA